AUGGAGGAGGAUAAGAAGAAUUCUCAGAGGCCUGAGUACGACGCCGUCAAAGGGGCCCGGUGUGUCACGGAGAACCUUUUUUCGACGGACGAUCACCGAAAUCGGAAAACGGUGAGGAAUGAACGGAUUCAGCGAUGGCCGCGCAUUUCCGCACCGACUGCUCGCGUUUUAAAGGUACGUCAAACCGAACAACGAAAACUACAAAAACCAGACCGACGAACCGAUUGUAAAACGUUCGUCAACCUGCUGCCGCCGUCGCCGCACGUUUACCUCCAGUCUCCACCUGUCCGCCACGGGAACCGCAACUGA